CCGCCAUAUAAACCCUCACGACAAUCCUCUGCACACAACCCCUUUCCUGAUCCAGCGUGCAACACUUGAAUUUCUUCAGUCUCCUCACACAAAGGUUUUAAUUCACAUCCCAGCUGAAGUAACGGAGGGGUGGAAACAUGAGGGACUGCGUCGCUUUGGUCUUCUGUGUGGCAGCCUUGACAGCUUGGAAAGUCACUGCAGAUGCCAAGGAGUUAUCCAUCACCACCAUAAAGGAGGAGCCCUACACCAUGAGCCGCGGCGUCGAGCUGGAGGGCUACUGCAUGGAUCUCAUCUCUGAGCUCUCCAAAGAGCUGGGCUUCAAGUACAAAGUGAGCCUGGUGAAGGACAACCGUUACGGCGUCAAGGAUCCCAGCGGCACCUGGAACGGCAUGAUGGGGGAAAUCAUCAGACGGGAGGCGGACCUGGCGGUUGCGCCGCUAACGCUCACUGCGGCCAGAGAGAUGGCCGUGGACAUGAGCACCCCCUUCAUGCAGACGGGACUCAGCUUCAUCCUGCGCAGAGACCUGGCCUCCCCAGAAAGCAGCUUGAGUCUGCUGUCUCCCUUCUCCACCGACAUGUGGGCCGGUCUCCUCAUCGCCUUCCUGCUGACGGGUCUCUGCAUGUUCCUGGUGGGCAGGAUUAGUCCUGCGGAGUGGGCCGAGCCGGACACGGAGGAGCAUAACUUCACAUUGCUGCACAGCUUUUGGUACAUCACAGGAGCUCUCACCCUGCAAGGUGCUGGUCCACACCCUAAAGGCCUGUCUGGACGUCUAGUCAGCUCCAUCUGGUGGCUGUUUGCUAUAGUGCUUUUGGCCUGCUACUUUGGCAACCUCAACUCCAUGCAUUCCAACAACAAACACGUCUCCAUCAAGACCUUUGAGGACCUUGCAAACCAGGACGCGAUAGACUACGGCACUUUGGAGGGUGGAUCCACCAUGGCUUUUUUUAAGAAUUCCAAAAACCCGGUGUACCGGCGCAUCUACGAGCACAUGGAGCGCAAGAAGAGCUCCGUGUCCAACAUGGAAGAAGGCAUCCGCCUCACCCAGGAGGGAAACUUUGCCUUUAUCGGCGAGGCCGCGUCCUUGGACUUGGCGGUGGCUCGCCACUGCCAGCUCAGCCGCUCCGACGAGACCAUCACCAUGAGAGCCUACAGCAUUGCAGCACCUCUGGGCUCUCCGCUGCUCAAAAACCUGAGCAUCGCCAUCCUCAAGCUCAGUGAGUCUGGUGAGCUAUCGCAUCUGCGACAGAAGUGGUGGUCAAGCAGCUGCGUAGCCGGCAGCAGGGCCAAGACCUCCGAGGCCCUACAGCCUCACGAUCUGCGGGGCCUCUUUCUGCUCCUGGGCCUGGGCCUUGGCGUUGGGCUGCUGCUGGCCUUGCUGGAGCUCCUAUCCGGAGCUCGCAACCAAGCAAAGGAUGGCAAGAAAUCGUGCUGCUCCGUGUUGACAUCAGAACUAAACCAGCGAUUUGGAGGCAAGGGGGGAAGUGCAGAGGGAGACGACUCAGGCAAAAGCAAAGCCUGAAAGGAACAUCCACAUGUUAGCCAUUGAUGGCUAGUUUCAGAGCUGAGAAGCCUGUGUCUCGUUCCAUCAAAUACAGUAACUUUCUUUGUUUCCAUAGUAACAGCCAUUUGUCGAGUGGUCCUGUCAGUAUGUUUUGUACUCUUCUAAAGAAAGAGCUCGUUGACCACAUGGGUAACAAUAACUAGCAGCUAUUUUACAGCGUGUUAAAGCAAACCGCAAGACUAGUUUUAAAUCGCCAAUACUAAUCACUGAUUUAUUUUUGAUGGCGGUGAAGAAUCCCUUACUUAUUUUUCAACUAUGAUGGUUUUAUAACCGUUUAUAUUUGCUUGGAAGUUCUAAAUAAAUCCCACAAUGUCCAGAA